UACGUCCCCCACCAAACCAGUCUUCCUCCUCCAUCUUCCCCCUUCCCCUGCUUCGGCGGCGGCGACGGCGAGGCCACCGGUGACGCCUCCCUCCUUCCCCCCGCCGGCUUCGGGGCCUGCUCGUCCCUCCCUGCCCACGCUCCCAGCGCGCGCGCCUUCCAGGGUCCAGGCGACUAGGCCGCCCUCCACAGAAGCGCGGCACGCCGCCCACCUUGGAGGUCCCCCUCCGCUCCUCUGCUGGACUGGAGGGAAGUGGGAUCCGCCAGGAAUUGGAUCGGCUUCCCCUGUUCUUGGAUACAUUAGGAGUGUCGUUCGCAAAUUCGUUGUUGGCAAGGCUCUGACAUGGAUGAUGGGGAUUCAUCUGACUUCACCUUCUGCAAGGUUACUUCUGAAGAAAACGAUGGUCAAUUAGGAUCUCCUAAAGCCAUUCCCGUGGCAAGUAUGUCGCUCGAGGAUAUUCAUGUUGCAAAAAUUGCAAAGAAAGAUGGCUUGAAAGCUAAUGACUCAGAUAAAGGUAGAUCUGGUAACAGCGCUAGUGUAUCAACACAAGACAGCAACAUGAAAGAACCAACUAUACAAACGAGUGGUGGAGCAGAAUCAAAUGUGUCAUCACAGGCAAAACCUUCAUCGAAGAAACCUGCAGUGCGGAAAAAGGUUCCUUUCGAGAAGGGCUAUAGCCAAAUGGAUUGGCUAAAGCUGACACAAACGCAUCCUGAUCUAGCUGGGCUCAAGGGGCAGUCAAACCGAAGGUUAAUUUCUUUGGAAGAAGUUAAGCAGCAUAAAACUGGAGAUUGUAUUUGGACAGUUCUUAAAGGCCGUGUUUACAAUAUUGCUCCAUACAUGAAAUUUCAUCCUGGAGGAGUUGAUAUGCUUAUGAAAGCUGCUGGAAAGGACUGCACUGCUUUGUUCAAUAAAUACCAUGCUUGGGUAAAUGCAGAGUUCCUCUUGGAGAAGUGCCUUGUCGGAUUCCUUGAUCCCAACGAGUAGAUCUCAAGGUGUGUGUCAGGUUGGCAUUUUAUCAAUUCUGCACUUCAGGACCAUUGUAUUUGUAAACACGGGUCAAUGGAUUAAAGAAUGUAAAUGUUCUAUUGUAUCACAAAGGGAGUACGGGGAUUCAUUUGAAAAAGAAAGAGGGAAAUAAGAUUAGUGACUGUUUGUUGUUAUAGAUGUGAGAAAAUCCAGAGAUAUACUGGUAUAUCAAUGAGAUGCUGAGGUAGUAAAUUUCAACACCUGAUGAAUACGCGCCACUA